AUGGCGGUUGCUAUUCUGCACCAGACCGAACUCAGCUCAUGCGCUGCUUGCGGCUUCUACAGGAAUGGCAAUUACGAAGCGAUUGAGUGUCAAUCUGUAUGGCAGCUGGAGCUGGCGCACAUCCCCCUGAUUCCGGCGAUUUGGGACUGUACCUGCAGCAUGGGCUUAACAAGCCAUGUUAAGCGGGCUAAUUCUCAAGCUUGCAGACGAUCCCCAUCCCGCCCGACGGGCCCUGAGUUUAUCCGAGGCGAGCCGAUCAUCAACCACAGAAUCCAGUCUGCUGCUACACAACCUUACUACGAGGUACUUUGUAGAAAGAGGUACAGAGUACGAGGUGACGGUGACACCCGCGCCCGUGUUCAAUCGGUCGAUUGCAUCAUGAAGCAUGCCGUCGGGUCCAGGAUCGGCCAAACCCGGACAGGGAAUGAAGGUCUGGGACCGUUUCCGGUCAACAUGCCAGCCGUCGUGUCCUUGACCAAUUCAGUAGUGAAAGCCAAGAACGAGCCAUCUACCCUGGAUAGACACAGUAUGGACUACGGAGUACUCAUACUAUGGCUUUCUCUAAUGUAG